AUGUCGCCAGGUCCAACUCUUGCUCAGACGCAAGUCGUAAACUAUAUCCUGCCCAUUGUGGCGUCCUUCGUCACGUCCUUCCGCUUGUACUGUCGCGCACGGCGAAGUCUUCUGUGGAUCGAUGACGCAUGGGCAGCCUGCGCCAUGCUAUUCAAUAUUGGCCUCAUGAUUUGCAGUGCUUUGUAUCUGAGAGGCUACGUGUUUCACCCUCAAUGGGAAAAGGUGGCACUCUACUACACGUUAUCACAAUGCUUUUAUGGAGUUGUUUGGUGUUCCCGGUUAUCCAUUUUGUUUACCGUUGUGCGUCUGGCAUACUGGGGAACCCAGAGGAGGAUACUUAUCUGCAUCGCAAUAAUCUUUGGCGUUGUAUGGGGUAUACUUUUUGCACAAGUGUGGUGGACCUGCGAAUCGAAUCCCAGUUGGAAACAACUACCACGUCCGCAGUGCCCCCUCGGCAGAGAUGUCGCAAUAGCACAGAUCGUCACCGACGUUUUAGGGGACAUUGUCCUUAUCUUGGCACCAUUUCUUAUCAUUUACAGAGCCACAUUGACGACGGCGCAAAGAGUCCGGGUGAUUUGCCUCUUCUCCACAUCAGCAAUCACCACAGUUGUCAGUCUCACUCAUGCAUAUUUCGUUUUUACUGUGGGAGAGUUAAAGGAGGCAGUGUCUGCCAUGUUCGAGGCAUCUAUAUCUUUAAUCGUCGCGAACUUAAGUGUGGUUGUUACAUUCUUCUUGCGCAUGCUCGCAGAUGAUGAAACCAUCUCGCGACCGAUUGAUUCGGGGUCUACUACUAUAGAAUUUGGAAUAGUCGUCGAAGAGCCUUAG